AUAUACAUUGCUACACUGGAGCUAGGUUUGCCAAACUGAAGAGCCAAACACGGCUUCUAAAAAAUUUCUUCUUUCUCAGUCUAUUUUUAGCAACUAAAAUGGCGGCAACCCCUUCUAGACGAUCAUCGAGCGGACCAGUAGUUCGUUCUCUCUCACCUUCUGGCAGAUUCUACCAUUCUAAUUACACAUCAUCGUCUUCUUCCUCCUCUGCUUUUGCUUAUUCAACCUCUGGUUUCUCUUCUACAUCCUCACCUUUCUUUACCAGAUCUGCUUCUCCAACACGUGUCAACCUCUACGGUAACAACAAACCGAUUCAGUCCACCUCAGCUCAUUCUAUCAGGUUCUUAUCACCCAACCACGCCAUCAAUUCACAUAACAUAAACAAUAAUCAAGUUCAGGUUCAGGUUUUGAAAAAUCAAUCUAAACCGAAGAGGACAUGUAUGUGCUCUCCUACUACGCACCCUGGCUCCUUCCGCUGCAGCCUCCAUAAAAAUUGUAAUUCUCCGCAGUCUCAGGUUACCAAUAACUUGCCAAAUAAUCGGCUCCAUGCUAGGAGAUCGGCUAUGACAAACUCGCUGGUUAGGAUUGGAGGAGUAGAAGGAGAUUUGGUGAAGAGAGCUUUGGCGGCUUUGAUUCGGCCGUCUUCUCAUCAGCAAAGACGCCGAGCCGCUUUCCAGCCUCGGCCAAGCCGCUUAUCUAUCAUGUCCAAUGCUGAGGAUGAUUUAUGAUCAAAUAUCAAACUACUGGACUUGGACUUUAAUUAGUUUUGUUUGUGUGUGUAUAUAUACAUAUAUAGAAAUAUUAUAUAAAAUCAAGCCAUUUAUUUUGAGGCGCUUGAACAGUAAA